CGUUCCCCCGGGCCUCUGCCAGGGCGCUGACUUUGAUGGACGUUUUGGGACCGUUCCCUGUAGCGGAAGCACAUCCUCACCUUUGACCCUAGCCUUCCAGCCCGACAGACGGCUGCCUGGCAACGGCGACGCGGGGCCGCCAUGGACGCGGCGUCGCUGCCCGCUGCCCUGGAGCUGGCGGCCGGCGGCGGCGCGGGGUUGAGCCCGGAGAAGCGGGCGGUGCUGGGGUCCUCGCUGCUGCUCCUACAGCGCGACUACCGCUUCGAUCGGGUCUGGUUCUGGGGCUGCAUCCAGGGCGUGCGCGGCGCCUACUACAUCGCCGAGGGGCUGGGCCCCGACCGCGCCGCGCCCCGCAGCCGCCUCUACAGCUUGAACUGCGUGGAAUGGAGCCUCCUGCCACCAGUGACGAAGGAGAUGAUUGCGCAGGCUGAGCAGCUGACGGGCCGCUUCCAGGGAGAUCCUUCUUUUGCGUAUGAGUUUGCUGAGAAAAACGCAGAAGAUGGUGAGAAAUUGAUUGAAGGUGAUAAGGAGACCUCGAUCAAGGAGGAGGUCCGCCUUGUGGCUACGAUAGAACAGAUAGACAGAGCAGUUGGUAUCAUCCCCCGGGGGGCAUUUGUGAAGACUCCUCUUGGGUCUGUGCAUGAAAACAGAAACUUUGAAGGUCUUUCAUUCACGGAGGCAAAAAAAUUAAGUUCCUAUUUCCAUUUUACUGAGCCUGUUAAUCUGAAGAAUAAAACUCUGCUGGAAAAGGCUGAUCUGGACCCAUCCACCGACUUUCUAGACUCUCUGGAGCAUGAUAUCCCACAAGCCACCACAUACAUGUCUCCCCUCCUUCAAGCCCUCAACUACUGUAGUUUGCCAUGAACUGCAUAAGAAACUACGUGUACUGUGAGUGUGCAAGAGCCCAAAGUUACCCCCAACACCAACUGCACCGCUAGCUGCUGCCUCCUGGCUGCCAGGCAAACCAAGCAACCUGUGCUCCCUCACAGCUGUGGGCAGACCAAAUAUCUGCAGGAGCUGCAGUCAACCCCUGGGCCAUGUUCUGUGGAGACCUGUAGUAGGAACUUGUGGUGGAACUUCUUCAGCCCUUUGUCGGAUGUGAGUAAAAUUGGCCAUGAGUCGGAAGUGAGGGGGAGGACUGGCAGCUGACAGCAAUCACAGAAGCCCUUCCCCAGGCUAACCAUGACAUGAGUAAGCAUGAGUCAGAGCAUAAAUUGAUGAGCCUAAAAUUAUCUACAAGAUGAAUACUGGCUAACUGGCCCAACACAUUAUGGGCCUUCUGCUUACUCUGGAACUGGCAGAUUCUGGCUCAGGGUGCAGAUAGGCUGACUUGAAUCCAGGCCAGUAGUAGCCUGACAGCUCCAACUGUCUUUUUUUUUUUCCCUUUUAAUUUGUGCCUGUGGCUUUUGCCUCAAGAUGGAGAUUCAGCAGGAACCUUCCCUACAAUGCAGCCUCUAGGCAUUACUGAUUUGGUGCUGAAGCUGGCAUUUUCCUCUCCUGGCAGCUCCUUGCCCUCCAAGGGUAUUGAAUCCAAGCUGAUGCUCCAGCCCCCUUCCCUCCCUCCUGGCAUUGUUCCCAGGCUGUCAUGUCGGAUGCAAAAUAAAUACUCAGUGGCUCAGAGCUCCUCGCAUCCAGGAGAAAUUGCAUUUUUACACUGGCUCUGAAGAUCCUCUUCAGAGCCAAAGCAAAAUUAAUGCAGAAACUAAUCCCUUUGCCCCUACCACGCACAUCCUCUCCAGUGGUGGAGCCAAGAAAGACUGAAGAGAAUUAACCUUUUCUGUAGAUUUCUCUGAGAUAGGAAAUACCCUGCUUUCUGCUUUCUCUUCUUCCUCUUUCCCAGUUGCUGCAUCAGGGAAACCAGUCUUCCCUGGAUCAGGAAAGCGCCUUCUUUCUCUUCCCACAACUGAUGCUACAAGUUUAUUUUAAGAAGAAAUUUCAUACCUAUGCAGGAUUGCUGUAGCUAGUCUUGGCUCUCUGCAGCUAUUAGCCAGACCAAGUAGGUGACAGAGCUUGUUAGAGUAACUGCUGCCCACUCAAAAGCAGCCAAGAAUAGCUGUAGCUUCAACUAGGUCUCAAGUAUACAAGAUAGGAGCUCCAGGAGUUCCUUCCUGUGACGCAUAUGGCAUUACCAUCAUAGCCAUGGGAAUAUGCUACUGUGUGAACCUAGAGGCAGACAUACGGAAAUAUAAUGAUGAACUGACAAAAGAAAAAAGGUUA